GGUUUGGUUUAUCAUCAUAACUUAAGUGAAGGAAACGGCAAGAAAAUCUUGGGUCCUUCAUACACAACUCCAAGAGAUUUCUUGAAGACACACAAAUUGUUCUCUCAUUUGCAUAGAUGAGAAACAGACUAAGUGACUAAGUUUACUUCUCUGGAGUUACGGCAAGGGUCAAAUUUAUUUCCAUUUUCUAAGGGUAUAAUAUUACUGAGACACAGCUGGAUCAUGCAGUGCAGACUGAGAAUAGCCCUGAUAAUUGGAGCUUCCAUUUUGCUGACCAGUCAAGCACAAAGGAAUCAGACAGAUUUUGAGAGAACAGCCAACUCUCUUGCUUUUACUGUAUCUACAAUGGAUUUCAACAAAAGUUUUAACCACAACAGCACAAAUUCAGCAGAACCUUUCAGCAAACCCCUAACAGGAAAUACAGGUGAUAAUACUACCCUAAGCCUAAACACACCAACACAAAAAGUGUUAUUGACCACUAAAACAGAAAAUCCCCUAUUGAUUAAUACUAUUGCAAAUAACCAUUGCAACAGCACAAGGACAGGAAAUACGCUGCCGAGCAAACCAUGCAUCUGCAAUGCAGACAAAUACAAGACCGGAAUAAUAAUAUGUAUCAUCAUUAUAGCUGUACUAGUGCUUGUUUGUGCCAUUUUAAUCAUAAGUUCUGUGGUUUUGGCAAAUAAAAUAUCAAGGCUUAAAACUAAACUAACACAAUCAAAGCGCCAGGCAAGAAGCAAUGGGGACUUUCUAAGUGCUUCAAGCAUCUUGUGGCCCUCAGGUAUGGAAACAUGGCAGAAGAAAUCGCAAACAGCAACUUUAAAAAUGGAGGAAAUUUCUUUGAAUGAUACAAACACAAGUCAAGAUGAAAAAAACCAACUGAUGCUGAGUUCAACAGAGAAUGCAAAGAAUACCAAAGAAAGCAGAAGUAUAAACCUUGACAAUGAGCAAAGCCUGCCAUCCAAUUAUGUAGUGGAAAUAUAAUGUACAUGUAUUGGACCUAUUAUGCAGAAUUCUAAGGACCUGGGGUUUUCCGGAUAAGAGAUCUUUCCCUAAUUUGGAUCUCC